AUGGCCUCCGCCCACGCUAUCGGUAAUGAUGCCUUAGUUAGCCAUGCUUUCAAUGGAGAUGGUACCCAAAUGGCUAUCUCUGUGAAUACAAGCGAUGUUUAUUUGGUCAGUAUUCCAUCAACCCCAAGUGGAAAAUAUAAAGUCAUCGAUAUUCUCAAAGGGCACACCGCAAAUGUUAUGGGCAUAGACUGGGCACCCAAGUCAGAUCGCAUUAUUGAUCGUGCCGCUGUGUGUGUUAGAUGGUCGCCGCUGGAAGAUCGGUUUGCCGUCGGAAGUGGGUGCAAGCUGGUCGCUGUUUGCUGUUAUGAUAAAGCCUCCGAUUGGUGGGUCAGCAAACGAAUCAAAAAGCAGUUUAAGUCCACGGUCACCUGUCUGGACUGGCAUCCGAACAAUUCUGUGCUUGCUUGUGGCUCCUCUGACUUCCGUGUCAGGGUUUACUCGGCUUUCAUCCAAUCGGGAGCGCAGGAGAGCGAAUGGGGAAGCCAUGCAAACCUAGGAACAAUGCUCUUUGAGCAUUAUGAAUCGGAAGGCGGUUGGGUUCUCACUGUGGCCUUCUCUGCCGAUGGCACCAAGUUGGCCUGGGCCAAGCACAACUCUCUUAUUUUUGUCGCGGAUGUCAGUCCUGGUGCAAGCACGGCUGGCGGUGUCAAGUGUGGGCCUGCAGUAGUCUCUUGUUUGCGUUCAGACUUUCUGCCAUUCACAAGUUGUCUUUGGGUCGGACCAUCCACAUUUGUGGCAGCCGGAUAUGACUGCUGUCCAAUGGCUUUUCGGUAUUCUGAACAAGGAAUCCAAUACGUGCACCAGUUGGAUGUAAAAGGUGAAACUAAAACCACUGGUAAACUGACCGCGAUGAAAAAGUUUCAAGAUAUCGAUCGUAUGGCCACCACAGACAACACGGGAUCACGCCUUGAAACUAUUCAUCAGAACUGCAUCAACGAACUGCGUAUUUACAAAGGAAGCCGUGAAAAAGUUACCUGUCUGUCGUCGAUCGGCCGUGACGGAUACAUGGUGUUUUGGGAUUUACCGACUCUGUGCCAACAAAUUUCGCAAUUGACAAUAUCCUAA